GUAAAAUAAUUUUUUUAUUUGGUUAUGUCUUUCCACAGUCCGAAUAUCUUAGAGGAACUAGCUUCUACGAGGAGAAUUUCCAAUCACCAAUGAGUAGUUGUUCACGGUGAUAUUUGUUUUUGUUUCAACGCGUCGACUUGUGCGAGCUUUGACACCACUGCUUGGACGUCUAUACAUGCAGAGACGUAUGUUUUUGAACAGAUGAAUCCGAACGUAUUCCAUAACGAUGAGAAAUAUCGCGCGUGGGUGUAUGUGUGUGCGUGUAUAAUGUUUAAAUACGGCUAUACUGCGAUCCAGUGCUUUCUCAUAACCUCGAAACUGCUCGACGGUCUUUAACCAAUGUUUUCAAAUCCAACUGCUAAAAAAUAUAUUUCUGCAGGUGAACUCGUUUCUGUUGUCUUUACGGAACUAGUCUCCCUGAGGCAAGGGUAAACUUCUAUCCCCGUGUGUAGUACAGCAUAGGUUUUUAACCUAAUACUUACUCCUCAACUCACCAAUUGUUUUGAUACUUUGUAAUCGUUGCUUCUCUGCGUAAAAUCAUAUUUUCCAAUCAAAAUGCCAAAGGGCAUUGCUUCAAGGAUUCUUGAUACUCCUCGUAAAUAUCAAGAUCUCAUUUCAUACUCAAAAAAAAUGAAUUUGAAUAUCGAGGGAAUAUCCGCAGCUCAAUUUCGGGGCAUUCAUCGUCACCUUUUUCGUGAACCAACAACAACCGCAGAAGUGGUACAAUUACGGAGUUUUAUAAGAAGUCAUCAAAAAGAGAUUCAUUCGCAUAUAAGCUCCAAAAAUGAGAUCGUUUUAAUGCGUCAGCAAAAAGAGGCUAUCAAGGAAGUCUUUCGAAUUAUGGAUGCAAUAAGAUCAAAAAAAUUAUGUAAAAAAGCUUUUCACACCUCCUUGCUGCUCGACAUCUACAGCAAAGUUUGGACUGAUAAGCCAAAAAAAAGAAGACUAGCAAAAAUAAAAAAAUUGCUCCAAAGUUAUUUCAAGGCCCAGGAAAACGGCGACGCGGAUUUCCAGCCUACGAUAUGCAUAGGAUUUGUGCUAGUUAAAGAUGAAUUACACUUUCAAAAUGAUUCUGUGCUCGGUCUUGACGUGGAUGAAAACAUUACUGAUUUCGAAUGAGUGUUCCUCAAUGGGAGAUAAAAAAAGAAAAAAAAGAAGCCCUAGAAGUAAUAGCUUAAGAAUUGUAAUCAAUAAGCUACGUUAAAAAGCAACUAUCAACUUGUCAAAAAAUACUUGAUAUGUUCCGUGAUAUAAGGUAAAAAGCUAAUU